GCGUGAACUUUUGUCAACACGCGCAGCUGUCGCGUCGCGCGUCUAAUCAGUGCGACAUGAGCGGACGAUGGCCGAUGUUUACCAGCACCGCGUCUACUUUGAGGGGCACAGUCUGGACGCAGCGCAGAGAAAGAAAAUAGAGCUCUACUUCAGAAAUCACCGCAGAUCGGGUGGAGGAGAAUGUGAUCUGAGGAGCGUGGCCGGCGACGUCUACUGUGUUUACUUCAAACACCAGGAAGAUCAACGUAACGUCCUGCAGAGAGCCAAGCAUGAGAUAGCAGGUUGUUCUCUGGUACUGACAACGUCUACUUCAAGUCAGGAACAUCCACAGAGCCCAAAGUCUGUUCCUGCUUCAAAUCCUCCAUCAAGAAGUGAAUCUGAACAACAUCCUGAUGCUUUACCCCCACUACAGUCCUGCUGCUCUCAUCAAACCACAGAUGGGGGCAUUGUUGGGACACAUUCCCAGGACAUCUCAGACAUUGAGGAUAGAGAUGUACAUAUAAGUGAAAGGCAAACAAGGAUUUACCAGUUGGGCGAGGCCGAACUCCACCUCCUCUGGAGAGAGAUUAAUCACCGUGUGGGACAAGAUUUUCCAGGAGUAAAAGUCUCACAUGGAGAAUCAGGCCAGUUAGUUUUAGAAGGGUUCAUGGAAGUGAUUUGUGUUAUUGAAGACCUGGUUACUAUAAUGAAGAAGUUAGUUUUAGAGAAGAGAAUCUGUGACGUGCGUCCACAUCUGAUGACCUUCCUAAGAAAAGCCUAUGAAGGUCCAGGAGUGCUAGCAGAUGUUUUAGGACUUGAUGAUGACAUGGUGAUAGAGUUACGAGACACAGAGUUAUGUGUCUUCUCCCUCUCUGCUGUUAAACUGGACAGAGCAGAAAAGUCUGUGCGGCGUGAGUUCAGGGAAGUUGAGCUUGAUGUCCCCAACUGCUCUGCUGUACCUGAGCUACGGGAGAAGCUGACGUCCAUGACGGAUGAGAUGAACCAAGGACAGAGUAGGGCUCAGGCUGUGUUCGUGUCAGACACCACAGUGUGUUUACUGGGCCACAGCAAACAGGUUGAAGAGCUCAGUGAAACUGUCACGCGUUUUGUUUUGGAUGAGUCCAACAUGCAAAAGACAGUUUGUGUCCCUUUUCCACUUUCAGCACAAGAAUUGCCAGCAUUGCUCCAGCGGCAUGGUUUUGACUACUCAGGAAUCACUAUCCGUCCUUUGGCCUCUUCCUCUGAGCCAAUGGUGAUGCUGGAUGGUCCAUCUAAGAAAGUGUCUGAAGUCAAGUACAAGCUAGACAUGUUUCUCAAGUCUCUUGUUGAAGACAGAGUCACUGCUGACCCUAUGGGAAGAAGUGUCCCGAAUGAAGAAAACACAGUAGUUGCCAGGUACGCCCUCUGUGAUGGGCUCCAGGUGCUGGUGUGUCAGGGCGACAUCACUAAACUAGAGGCUGAUGCCCUGGUUAAUGCUGCCAAUGAGGAUCUGGAUCACUGUGGAGGUGUUGCUGCUGCACUGAGCAAAGCAGGUGGUCCUGAGGUGCAGAAGGAGAGCAAAGCCUUAGUGAGGCAGACUGGAAAGAUACGUACAGGGGACGUAGUGGUCACCACAGGGGGAAAUCUGAAGUGUAAGAAACUGCUGCAUGCCGUUGGUCCUAAAAGUGGAAAAGCAGGCGGCAGAGAAAAGUUCUUACUGAAAAAAACAGUUGGGUCGGCUUUAGAAAUCGCAGAAAACAGCACAUUCAGAUCUAUAGCCUUCCCUUGUAUUGGCUCAGGUGGGUCUGGCGUUCCUGUCACUGUGUGCUGUGAGGCUCUAGUCACAGCUGUCAAAGAGUUUGGUGGUCAGGGAGGUCGCAGCCUGAGCACAAUCCUCCUGAUUGACAACAGAGAGGAGGUGGUGAGAGCCCUGCAUGACGCAUGUGAAAGGAUUCUCCAAGGGACCAGUGGUAGAAGCCGGAUGCCGAGUGGUGUGGGGGUCCAGACUGGGGCUGCUGCCCAAAACACAGAGAGAGGAGCCACUGCUGGACCUGCGCAGGACGGUGUCCAUGUAGAGGUCCUUCAGGGAUCUAUCGAAACUCAACAGGUGGAUGCCGUAGUGUCUCCGAUGGUUGGCCACGAUCCGCUUUCAACUCGAAUCGGAAACGUUUUAUUCUCAACUGUUGGACCAGAGUUAACUGCCAGGUUUAGAAAAGAAACAGCGGAAGAAACAUUACCUGGCGACUCGGUUCUGGUGGAGGAUUUGCCUGAACAACCAUUCAACGCUGUGUUCUUCCUCAACCUUGCUGCCUGGGGUGAAGACGAAGCUGGAACAGCAGUAGAGGUUCUGAGGCUGGCCAUCAACAACACGCUAGCGUCCUGUGAGCAAAGAGGCUUCGCAUCAGUUGCUCUUCCUCUGCUGGGUGCUGGCAUUGCUCUGGGGUUUCCUGACUCUGUUGUAGCAGCGGUUCUUUCGGAGCAGAUUCGUGCAUUUCAGCAGAGUCGAGUCGGCGGAACACCGUUCCUUGUGCACAUCAUCAUACAUCCUGAUGAAAAAAAGGCUGAUGAGGUUUUCAAGUCAGUACAAGAAGCUUUUACAAAGGAUGUUCACCAACCAGACCAAAGGUCAACUACUAAGCGGAUUGUUCUCCUGGGAAAGACUGGAACUGGGAAAAGCAGCCUGGCCAACACCAUACUCGGAGAGGAUUUGUUUACUGUGAACCAUUCUCCCAACUCUGGAACAAAUCAGUGCCAGUCAGAAACCAGAGUGGUCAAUGAAAGACGCAUCACUCUGAUCGACACUCCCGGGCUGUUUGAUACUGGGAGGUCUGAGGGGGAGGUUAGUCGUGAGAUAGUGAGUUGUAUCACAGAGUGCUCUCCUGGGCCUCAUGCCUUUCUCAUUCUGCUUAAAGUGGAGAAAUUCACAGAGCAGGAGAAGGAUGUCAUCGCUAAAAUAUGUAGCUGUUUCUCCAAGGAAGCUCUAAAAUAUGCAGUUCUUGUCUUCACUCAUGGUGAGCAGCUUGACGAAGAGAUGAAGAUUGAAGACUUUGUCCGGCAGAACGAGAGCCUGAGCGACCUGGUGGAGAAGUGUGGCCACCGGUGCCACGUGUUUGAUAACAAGAACUGGAGGAGCAAACAGCAGCAAAGCUACAGGAGCAACGAGUUCCAGGUGGAGGAGCUGCUCAACACGAUAGAUAAGUUAUUGGGUGAUCACAGUGAAGGCUACUACACCAAUGAGAUGCUGCAAGAGGUGGAGGAACAAAUACAAAAAGAAGAGAAGCUCAUUAAGAGGUCAUCAGGACACCUGUCCGCUGAGGAGAUCAGAAAGGAGGCUAAAAGCAACGUGUCACAGAUGUUUUGGAACAGGCUGGUGGGUACUGCAACUGGGGCGGUGAUGGGAGCGUUCCUAGGCGUGGCGGAAAUGGUUAGAUUUUACAGAGAAGUAGUGAGAAACAUUCCCUUAGUAGGGAAGGCAGUCACCGGCCUCGUAGCAGGCGAAGUAGUCACAGGGUUCGGAAUUGCUGGUUUAGUAGCGGCGGGUGUGGGAGGAGCAGUGAUGGGCGGUUUGACUGGAUGUGCUGCAGCUCAGGAAGCUGAAACACCCAUGGAGGCGAUGGAGAAGUCAGCUACAGCUGUCACGGACAAGCGCAAUAAGGCUUUAAAUGACAUGAAGAGAUAACCUGCAACUAAUGAAGCAAACCUUAACUGGACGCUACCUGACAAAUCCUCCACCACAUCUUUAUUACCUUUCUCUUUGGUGCCGGGUCAGUAUAUGAUGGGUUAAUCAGAGAUUAGUUUAUGGACCUCAAAACCAUGUGCAAUAAAGUCAUUUGGCUGAACAUGCCUGAUUCAUGUAAGUCGAUGACAGUGAGAUAGUGAUGGUUACAUUAUGCAGGGAAGAAACCAUAGCACUCAUUGUAAUUUAUUUGUAAGUAGUUUAUAUUAUGAAUAUAUUGUAGGGUGGAUGCGAACUUCAGACACUAGGAAGAUGGUUUGGAAUAGACUGAUUUAUCGCAUGUGAUUAAUCUCGUCUUGUCUAGUCUUGACUGUAUGUGUAUGAAAUCAUUAAUGUUUCUAUUACUGUAAAGUACUAUUUUCCUAAAAAUAAAACCUCUGCUUCCUCA